GUCACAUCAAAGGGCCGAACAAGAUCCUGGGCAAAGCAGCUGUGUGAACCAAGUUAAAAAAAAAAAAAGAUAAUAGAAAGCUAAGGAACGCUGCAGAAAUGGCGAGAAAAGACAGAGACGCAAAGGAGGAAUAAGACGGGAGGAGGGAGUCAGAGAGGGAGGGAAGAGAGGAGAAAGCUGAGCGCGGACGUCAGGAACAAAAGCUCCAGCGGAGUCUGGCGGAGGCACUAAGGGAGCAUGGGGUGUUUUGAAUAAUUAUUAAAAUUAGCAUGUGUCUGCGCCAUCCUGUGGGUGUGGCGCACAGCGGAGUGUAAACUCUAGCGGGGCUGGAGCAAACAUUGGAUUAGCGGCAGCAGCUUGCCAGCCUGCCCGAGGAGUGAGGACCAGCGCGCGGCACGCCGACCUGCACGAUGGCCUCGUCUCAAGGGAAGAACGAGCUGAAAUUCGCCGACUGGAUGGAAACUCUGCCGGAGAGCAUCCACAGCAUUCCCCUCACCAAUUUAGCCAUCCCAGGAUCUCAUGAUUCCUUCAGCUUCUACAUUGAUGAAGCCUCUCCAGUGGGGCCUGAACAGCCAGAAACUGUCCAGAAUUUUGUCUCUGUGUUUGGAACUGUAGCCAAAAAGCUGAUGCGGAAAUGGCUGGCCACUCAAACGAUGAACUUCACUGGUCAGCUAGGAGCUGGGAUCCGUUAUUUUGAUCUCCGAAUUUCCACCAAGCCCAGAGACCCCGACAAUGAACUCUACUUUGCUCAUGGUUUGUUCAGUGCCAAAGUCAAUGAAGGCCUGGAGGAGAUCAAUGCAUUCCUCACAGAUCACCAUAAGGAGGUAGUAUUCUUGGACUUCAACCAUUUUUAUGGGAUGCAGAAAUACCACCAUGAAAAACUGGUCCAAAUGCUGAAAGACAUCUACGGGAAUAAAAUGUGCCCAGCGAUUUUUGCCCAGGAGGUGAGUCUCAAGUACCUGUGGGAGAAGGACUAUCAAGUGCUGGUCUUCUACCACAGCCCAGUGGCUCUGGAGGUGCCCUUUCUCUGGCCAGGCCAGAUGAUGCCAGCUCCCUGGGCCAACACCACCGACCCAGAAAAACUGAUCCAGUUUCUUCAGGCGUCCAUCACUGAGAGAAGAAAGAAGGGGUCGUUUUUUAUAUCUCAGGUGGUGCUGACCCCCAAGGCCAGCACCGUGGUCAAAGGCGUGGCCAGCGGUCUCAGAGAAACAAUCACAGAAAGAGCUCUUCCUGCCAUGAUGCAGUGGGUCCGCACACAGAAGCCAGGAGAGAGUGGCAUCAACAUUGUCACCGCUGACUUUGUAGAACUUGGUGAUUUCAUCAGCACUGUCAUAAAGCUCAACUAUGUCUUUGAAGAAGGAGAAGCCAACACUUGAUAGCACCAUGUGGCGUGUCCGUGAAUAAGAUAGAGAAGACUCGCUGUAUUAGGCAUAUUAUCUGUAAACACUCUGAACUUCCUAUUCCACUGAGUCUCUGAGGGGAUAAGGGCUGAUAGUGGGUGGGAAAAGGGGGAAACCAUUUCUUCAGUGAUUAUUACCAUACUCUUCACUACUAUAAAUAUUUCAUUUCCCAUUUGAUGAGCAAAACCUACUUCUAGUGUUAGGGAUUAAAAAAAAAAAAGACUAGCACAUUUCAUUUUGCAGAAUUAGUCUUUGUAACAUACAACUCAUGAGUGUUUACUUGAUUGCAUUUCUGAUUUCAACCUAGGGCUCCUACACUGUCUGUAUCCUCUAAACGAACCUUUCUGCUCCCUCUCUCACUCGCUCUUUUUAAUCAGAAGCUGUACGGGACUUAUAAUAAUUGAAUGCCCAACAUAACGUGCAUUACAUUGUUGUGCUGAAAUUUACUUGUCUUGUGGGACUUGGUAUAAUAUUCUGUAGUCUGCAAUCUUGCUAACUUUUGGUCAUAGGCAAUAUGCAUCAAAUCAGUUUCCGUGCAUCAGUAAUAUUGGAGGCCAUGAUCAGUAAUUUUUGUGUUAUAUAAAAACAAUAGUGUUUCACAGUAUUUCUAUUUGAGGCAGCUAUAAAUAUAGAGUAAAAACUUUUGUGGAAGAAUUAUUAGUGCCAACUCCAUAGUGAAAAAUGGGGGUGAGGGGUGAGGGAUGCCAUUUAAUUCAGAAAUCUCUAAAUAAUAUUGUUCCUCAAAUGCCCAGUAAAUGAAAAAUUAUGACACGUGUGUUAAAAAUCAGAAGACUCUGAAAAGAACUCUUAACAAAAUUUCUUCUAAUAAUCUACUUGAUUAAAAAAGAAAAAGAAGAAGAAAAGAGAGAAGGAUUGUGCAAACUUUCCUCCCAAACUGAGAUUUCCAAACAUGUAAUUCUAAAUCCAAGAUUUUGAGGAACAUAUUUUGAAAAGCUUCGAUUUGAGUUUUUUUCACUUGAAACUGAGGAAAAAGGGAAAGAGAGGAAUGUUUCUGAAGCUAUGUCCAUGAACUCUCAAGGAUCCAUAAAACAUCUUUAAGAGAUUCUUAAAUACAUGUGGUCUGGGCAGACUUAUCAAAAUUUGGCACUGCCUCACCACUUCUGGGUUCCAUCCUACCCCAGGGUCAAGACUGAGGCAGAAGCCAAAGUUUUACAGGAAGUUUUCGCUGUCCACCAUUUGAUAGUCCAGGUCCAUGAGGAAGAAAAAUGGUGAUGCAGCUUUGAGCAUUACUUCCUCCUUGGUGUCUUUGUGAUUGUUGACAGCUCUAAAUAAUCUUAAAAGAGCACAAUAACCCAUAUCUAAAUGCCUCACAGGAAUAUGUGAGGUGUUUAUAAAGAUCUCUAAAAUUUGCUGAUAUUCUUACAAUUUUAAAUUAUUUUAUCUUCAUGUUUGGAAAUAAUCACACCUCAGUAGUUUCUUGGGAAAAUACAGUCCAUGGCAGGUGGGGCCAUAGAGAAAGAAAAGCAUGCUCUCAGCUUUUAAUGAAUUUAAAUGUUUGACGUGUGGUUUAAUCUCUUAGUCCUAGGUAAGGGAGUUGAUUCCAAGGUUAUGUAGGACAAAAUUAUAAAUAAUCAAGAGUUGAUUACAAGAUUAUAAAUACUCAUUAUCAAAAAAUAGUAUUUAUUAGCCACUGUGGGGAAGGAAGAGAAAUUGUUUCACUGAAGAGAACAUUUCUGAAAAGUGUGUGGGUGUGCGUGUUAGACCAGGUCGCACGCGUGUACACGCAACAGAUAUGUUCUGUGCUCCAGUUGUGUAUAUGUCUCCUCAGACCAAACAUACCAAUAUAGACCCACCCCGUAUAGGCAGACACGUACAAAUACACACAAACACACAGACAUGGACCUACACAGUGACAAUUCUUCUUUUCAAGUGAAAACUUUGAUAAUGUAUGAAAAAGAGUUGAGAUCUUUGAAAGUAGAGUAGCUGAUCAUAUUCAAAUAUUUUUGUAAAAAUAUUCUAGCUUGGGGCUUAAUAAUCUACCAAUAUAGUUUUCUCUCUGCUUACCCUCGCCUCGCUGUUUUAUUGUCUUCCUAUCUCUUUCACGUGCUCCUUAUGUGCAAUUGAAUAUGAAUCCUUUUUAAAGGACUAUAGAUUAUUGAAGUUUAUGUCCUGUAAAGUUGCUUUCUGGGCAGGUUUUCUCUGACUAUUCAUCAUUCAUCCCUCAGGGGGAUCUUUAGCCAAGCACACCUGCAAUGACACAAGGAUUUAACUUAUAAAUAUACAAGAGAACAGAUCUUUCCACAUAUUUAUGACAAAUGAAUAAACUAUAGAGGUAACUAUGUUGUAUUUUCUUGAACUUAGAUGCUUUCUUCUAACAUUUGCUUAGACUUAGCUUUGUCGUAUUUGUCAUUUGGGUGCUGGAAAGAAAAAACAAACAUGCUGAAGCAUUAGACAAAUUGUGCAGUUUCUCAAUUGGAGAAAGCUUGUAAUUGCUAUUCAUGAUAUACACAUAGAGACCUUGCUGGACAAAAGAUACUUUCAAGCCAAUGUUAUAGUUUUCAUGUGGACAUAACAGUACCUGUGAAGCAGGCACUGAGAGUAAAUGGACUUGCCUUAAUUUCUGAAGGAAGGAACAGGUAGACGUGAACAAGGGGUCCCCCAGCUAGAGGAAGAGUUCACUAAGCGGGAUUCCUUUGAAAGGGGAAUGGAGAGAAGGUGCCUUUGGCUGUCUUCUGUCCCCUGGCCCUGCCCUCAAACACACUUAGGGAGCAGGCUGUGGGCUUCACAUAAGGGUAAGGGACUAGUAUUAUGCAACCAGCGCUUACCCCCAGCCUAAGCUCCUUUGUCUAAGCUGGGCAUUGUAUUUCCAGAGUUAGAGCACAAGGGCUACAAACAGACCCCCAAAUGGUAGGAGAUACAUCUUGGUGCACUUUUUGUUUUGUUUAUUUUUUAGGACUUUUCCAUCACAGGUCCUGCAAGGCAAAAAAAAAAACAAAGUAAGAUCCAAUUUUUACCCAAUCUACAGCAGGAAAUCAAAAGAGUGAGUGGGUGAGAUGAGGGAAAACAUGCAAAGAAUAUCAUUUUUUAGUUUGCUUUCCUGUCUGUAAUUUUGAAGGACCAAUAUGGUGAAUACGCCUGCCAUUAUCCUUUAAGUCUCCCUUAUUACUACACAAUCAUAGGAAUGCAGAGAAUGAGGAGGCAUCUUUUAAAAGCCUUAGGAUAUUCUAUAUGAUGACCUCAAUAUUCACUUUCAGCCAUACUGGGAAAACUCACUUAUCAUGGAGUGCCACCUAACAGUGAAUGUAUUAGAGCAUAAAGUGUUUGGUAUGUAUGAGCCUGUGUGUGGACACACAUGUAAACACGUACAUACAGCAUGCACAUCUCACACACAUCAUUCAAGUUGAAACUAUAGACUAAUCACUCAACCUGAUUCUAGUGCCAUUUUAACUCUUAAAAUCAAUAUCUCCUACGUAAGUAGGCACAAACAUAAUUCAAAUAUUUAAAUAUUUAAGAGAGGAAAAAUCACUAGAAAACCAAUGAAAACUGAGACCAUAAUAAAUAAGAAAUGCCUAGCAGGAAAAGCCUAACUACACUGUCAAUUACACUUCAAGCUGGAAGACGGACUUAAAUAUAAAUCGCAGACAAACCAACACGCAUAUUCACUUAACGUCAUUGUAAGUUCUCUGAGGUUCUGACGUGUUUUAGCCAGGGUUACCUGUCCAGGAUCUCCCUUAUUAGGAUUCCUGACUAGAAAAGUGUCAAGUCUCAGGAAAUGUACGUUUCCGUGAGUUUUUCAGUUCUGCAGUUUUAGUGAUCCAAUGACAGUCUUCUAACCUUUCUUUGGUUGCUUGCUUAUCCAAACGGGAGAGCUCCACAGGUAGAGUGCUUGCAGUUUGAAUUGCUAAUAGAAAAUAAUGCCUAUUGUCCCUCAGGAUAUGCUAAACAAGGUUUUUAAAAGUAUUUUAUUUUACCGCACUUUAGUCUUUUCAACUAGAUUUCAGUGACAUAAUGGUGUAAAUGCUGUAUUUGCCAUAACUUAUUGGUGGCUCUUGUGUUACAUACAGUUUUAAAUAAUGCUCUAAAUUGUUUGUUUUCCCAAUGAUGAUAAAAUAUUCUGUAGAAUUUGUAAAACGUGUUGAUUAAGUCUGUUGAAAAUUGUGCAAUUUUUAUUUGAUUUGUGAUACUCUUUUGUAGGAAUUAGUUCUAAAUGUGUAUUUGUAUGAGUCUGAAGUUUGUGCUUGUGUGUGAUAUGUGUGUAUUAGUAUAUUGUGUCUUAUACAAAAUCAAACUUAUCCUAAAGAAAAAGGGCACAUUAUGACCAGCCUUAAUUCACUGACAUUUUUGUUAUUGUUGCAAUUUCGGAUAAAAAUUUUAAAAGAAAUUAUGUUUUUGUUAAAAAUGGCCUUUAAAAAAAUCGUAUGAAGAAUGUGCUUUAAAACGUAUUUGAGUUUCCACAAGAGAAUAGUCCAGCUUGUGGAACACCUGGUACUCUUUAAGUUUCAAACGUCAAUUCAUUUAUUAACUUCAUUAACAUGCAAAGACACUCAGUUCACAUUCGUUUCCACCAACAACAGAACCAGUGCACUUCUAAAGCUGUUCUUCCAAACGUGGAACCCAUUUUGCUGAUAAGGAUAAUUUUUCAUGAAAAAUUAUUUCUCCAAACCAUUACUUUUUAAAAACUGGAUCUUCUAAAGAAAGAUGAACUGCCUUGGCUCUGUGAGAGUCACUAAAGACUCACCAACAUUAGGUGGUACCAAUAUGGUUCCCUUUGCAAAAAACUAGGAUGCAACACUCUUAGAUUUUUGCUAUCUGCCUACGUGCGGUCUAGCAACAGGAAACUAAUUACUAAUGUGAGGAUCUGCACAGGUGGUCAUGCUCAGAGCAAAACUCUGUAACCUUUGGGCCUGGGAUCUUGGUAUGAAAUAUUAAUCAAUAUUCUUCCCUCUCUCUCCAUCCUGAAUUAUUUCUUUCCCAUAUUUUAGGGCUGCUAGAUAAAAUACAGUACACCCAGUGAAAUUCCAGUUUCAAAUAAACAGUGAACAAAUUUUAGUAUAAGUAUUUCCCCAAUAUUACAUGAGAUAUACUUAUACUAAAAGUUUAUUCACUGUUUAUCUGAAAUCCACACUUAACUGGGUGUGUAUGUGGUUUUUUAAUCUGGCAACCCUACCCAUCCUGUUUUUCUGCCUUUCUCUGCGGGGCUACCUAUAAGGGGUGGAAUCCUACCUCCUUCCUUACUCCUGUGGUAAGAUAAUUCAUGAAAAUCAGUAGUCCUGAUACCCUUCAGGAAGCAAAAUAUUGGCCCAUGCCAAGUCCCACAAAUACAUUGUGAAGGACUAACUCAAAUGUAAGUGGAAAAAUUAGGCAAGAACCUUCGUAAGAUUAAUGGCCAUUCACCGGCCUGUUGUGAGAUCCAGAGUCUCCUUCCCCACAUUAAUACCGUAAGCAACAUUCCCCAGUAACUGGAACAGUCAGAAACAUGCCCACACCCUAAACAUGCCCCUGGUAAGUGAUAGCACCUUCUAACUCAGUACCAGGACCUCUUUUACAAUUUUUAUUCUUUUUCUUUCAGAGAGGUAACAGAUUAAUCCAACACUCCUCUCGUGAACACCUUACCACAAAUUAUUUUUUAACCAGAUUAGAACUGGUCAUUUAUGGAAUCGUAGAAAACUUGGCAUAGAAAGGAACUCUCCUGACUGCUGGAGGAAGAGAGUCUGAGCCAUAAGCACAGCUCUGUUCGUGUCUACUCAGGAGACUGGGUGGAAGCUGGGCAGCAGGUGGGAGAGAGGAUACAGCUCCAGACGAUGAGCUAGCACCUGACAGAGAGACUUGCCAAAGCAAAUGCUAACAACCUGCACCUUUUCUGAGGAAUUGGAAACCCAAGACGUCCCAGAGGAAGAACAGUGAGAUCUAAGGCCAGUUUCUAGAACAGUUUGCAGAGAGCAGGACCAUGUUGGAACUCCUAAAAUAGAAUUUUCAAAUAUUUUUGUGUCCAACAGCGAAUCCUUGGCAGAGUCUGAAUGUGGAUGGAGUUUCAGAACAUUUUGGUAGCUACCUCCUCUCUUGAAAUUUGUGUAAGGGAUAAGAAAAUCCAGAUCCCUUAAUGGAACAUUUCCAUCUCACGGCCCCUGCUUUCUCACAUUGGUGUUGAUUUGCUUCAUGUCUAAAGGAUGGGAAUUUGCAGAGUUGGUGACAUUUCUUUUUUUAGACACCAGGAAUUCACCAGAGGGAGAGAGAUCUGUGCCUUCUCUUUUUAGGAUCUGGUCAUUGAUACUUUAAUAAAGGUGGUGUAAAGAAAACAGAUGCCUACAGUUCUAUUUAGCAAAUGUGAAAUUUUUUUUGACGAGAUUGUGUUCUUGAUGUUAAAAAAAGUUUCUUUGUAUCUAGUGAAAAGCCUAAUAAAGUCCUGAUAUCAGUUA